UAUUGCACUUUUGUAUUUCCAGUUGACACUCUGAAGUGUUAUGAGUGUGCAGCAGGAAGCUCAGGCUCCUGCAUUGAUGCGACAAAAGAGUGCCCCUGGCUGGCGGAUCACUGUGGUGCACUUCGACUUAUCGUAUAUCAUGACAAUGCUGUGAUUGCAGAUAUCAAAGGAAAAAGCUGCACUUCUGCUGCUCACUGUGCAAAUGUCUCAGUCAAUUUUGGAGAGAGCAGAACUUUACUCACCAACAAAUGUUGCGCCACUGACCUCUGCAACAUGCUACCUGCACCAGACAGAUGGCCUGGUGGAACGUUUCAACUAGAGGUUCCCCAGGCGUCCACUGGCUUCUCCCCUUUUGAGCUAGUCUACGGCCGACGUCCCCGAGGCGUGCUGGACAUUGCGAAAGAGACCUGGGAGAACCAACCCUCGCCACACCGCAGUGUGAUCGACCAUGUCGCCCAACUACAAGCCCGGGCUCGCAAAAUCUGGCCCAUGGUAAGAGAACAUAUGGAAAAAGCCCAAAGAGAACAGGCGAAAACGUAUAACAGAGGUGCCACACUCCGAGAGUUCCAAGUUGGGGAAAAAGUGCUGGUAUUAGUUCCGUCCAGCGAGUGCAAGUUCUUGGCCAGAUGGCAGGGGCCUUACGAGGUAAUUGAGAGAAUGGGCCCCGUCAACUACAAGGUAAAUCAGCCAGGCCGGCGGAAAGGUCACCAAAUUUACCAUGUAAAUAUUCUGAACAAAUGGCAUGCGGCAGAGCCGUUGCCAUCUACUGCGUUUUUAACUGCACACUCUCCCCAGACCACUCCCCCGGUACCUAUAGGAGAGGACCUCUCCCCGUCCCAAAAGCAGGAGGUGAAGGAACUUCUGGGACGGAACCAGGACCGCCUCUCGGAAUUGCCAGGAAGGACCCAGGCGAUCAAACAUGACAUUGAGACCAAACCCGGAAAGGUGAUAAGACAAAGGCCCUACCGAAUCCCAGAAGCCAGGUGGGCGGCUAUAAAAGAGGUAAAGAAAAUGUUAGAACUUGGAGUAAUAGAGGAAUCCCAUAGUCCAUGGUCCAGCCCGAUUGUUAUUGUGCCAAAACCAGACGGGUCCCUGAGAUUUUGUAAUGACUUUCGUAAAUUGAAUGAGAUAUCACUGUGUGACGCUUAUCCCAUGCCCAGAGUAGACGAGCUGAUAGAGCGGCUUGGCCCUGCUCGCUUCGUCAGCACCUUGGACCUGACCAAGGGCUACUGGCAGGUGCCAUUGACGGAAAGGGCGAAACCUAAAACGGCCUUCUCCACACCAGAGGGGCUAUUCCAAUAUACCGUCUUGCCUUUCGGGAUCCACGGGGCCACGGCAACAUUCCAGAGGAUGAUGGACCGAGUUCUACGGCCCCACCAAGAAUACGCAGCCGCCUACCUAGACGAUAUUGUGAUUCACAGCACCAGCUGGUCUCUCCAUCUCCAGCAUCUCGACGCAGUCCUAGGAGCCCUUAGACGUGCCGGACUGACUGUCAACGCUAAGAAGCCCGCAAAGUGGAGCGCAUCAGGGAAUGGCCCCGACCCUUGA